AUGAUAUCGCGUAGAGAAGAUUGCAAAAUUAUCUACAGUGACAACGCGUCAACAUUUACAUGUGCGGCAAAACUGAUAUCAGAAGAUCCUACCUUAGCCAACUGGUUGUCAAGCAAGGGUAUCAAGUGGAAAUUUUCCCACAGCUUAGCUCCCUGGUGGGGCGGGUUCUGGGAGAGAAUGGUGCGCUCCGUUAAAGAACCGUUAAGAAAAGUGUUGGGGAAAAUGAAAGUGAGCUACGACCAGCUUCACACCAUUUUGGUCGAAAACGAAACUAUCGUGAACUCACGGCCUCUCACUUAUGUGUCUGGAGACGCACAAUCAUUUGAAGUUUUAUCUCCGCAAAAGCUGCUGACUGGAAGGCAACCUGGUGCCACAACAGAGUCACCCGACUCUACGAAAAUGAGCCGUGACGAACUUAUUGAAUUGGAUAAGCAAAGAAGCGAGCACGCACUAACAUGGUGGAGACUUUGGCAAGACUCGUACUUGUCCGACCUUAAGCGAUUUUACUAUCGCAAAGGCAAGGGUACGAGAAUCCCACGUGUUGGCGAAGUUGUCUUAUUAAAAGAGCCGAACAUCAAGCGAGUGUCAUGGCCGAAGGCCAUUGUUACAGAAUUGGUCCCUGGCUACGGCGGCAAGGAAGCGGAUAUCUCCGACUCCCAAGAAUGCCCGAACAUUGAGAAUACCAACCGACUUUACGACACCAAUCGACAGAUUGAGAUUUCGUUCCAGAACAAACCAGAUCGGGACAUCACACCGCAAGGUUACAAAGUUGUGGAAUACUCACCUGGAUACAUCAGUGUGCAAGGAUUACGGAGAACUCCAGUUAGCCAAACGGAAACGAUCCAUUCAGCAGGAAGUUAA